GGUGACGUCACCGCCGGCCAGAAAGCGCGUGCUGGCCCAAAGGCGGGCCUCCCCGUGUGCUCAAGGCCACCAGGUGGCCGCGGCGCCGGUGCCCAACGCCGCCUGCCUGCCCCGGAGACUUCUCCGGAUGCCGCGGGAGGCGCGGGGGGCGGCCGGAGGCAGCUUCGGCUGGGAAUGGUCCGACGACGAAGAGGGGAGCGCCCCAGGCGGAAAGGUCAGGGCCAAGGCCAGGAGGGCAAAGGGCGCGCAAUCAUGCGGGCGUCGCGGACCGUCGGCCCGCGCGGCCAUGUGGAUCAACAGGAAGGCCGAAGGCGGACCUGCGAAGGGUCCGCAAGGGCCCACAAAAGACGGAGGCAAGGUACUCGAGCCGGGAAGGCGAGGCCAUCAGCUCCGCUCAUUGGCAUCCCAAGAGUCCUUAGUCGAUCAUCAUGUACAAUCUGACGCCAAGGAACGUCGACGGCCCACGGUGGAGACCAAUGUGUGUGGAUCACAAUACAAUGCUGAGCAGGGUAAAGAUCCUCAAUGGCAGAGCAACCAACGCCAAUCGGAUGAUCGUCCAGUGGCUCCAAUUAAGGAAUCCAGGAAAAUGACGUGCUUGGCAGUCCGUGAGUGCAACCUUACUAAUGGCGAAGGGGACCUGAGUUGCAAGCGAAAACGUGACCACAUUUCCCCCAGCCCCCAGCAUAAGGGAGAAUCCCCACCCAGCAAGAAGGUGCAUUGGGUGCUCAACGACUCUGAGGGCUUGCGGACAUCUCAGAGCGUGCUAUCAUCAGCUGUUGGGACAUCCACACAGCUCACCAGUGAGAGUGAGGAGCCAGACAACAUUCCUGUGGUGGGAAGGACCUCUACGGAGCCCAGCCAAAGGUCAAGAGCACAGAAUGGUGCCACACAGUGUGUGCCAAAGUGUGGCAGCCAGGGGAAGCGUCGGCCAAGGAAGGAGUUGACGCCUAUUCACAGAAAGAGGAUGAAAUAUUCAAUACAGGACCCAUCUUCACAGCAUAUGAAGGCCAACAUUUUGUCGGAGGCUGAGCUAAGAAAGUUGGGCCAGAUGUCCAAGGGCAGCUCCACAUCUGCUUCUGGACCUCCCAAACUUGCAACUGAGGAUGAGCCGACGUCUGAUGUGAUCAUCAGCGAGAGCAGCGAUGAAGGUGACUUUGGGGGCAUCCCUUCGCUCCCAACUAAAUAUGCCUGCAUCACCUCUCCCAGCAAGGUCGGCAGCCAACCUGUCCUCAACCUCGUUAGCCAAGCGGAAAGGCAGUCACAGCACCAAAAACAGGGACGGGAUUUGCCCAGCCUGCUGGCAUCGAGGACAGGAAUGGACAGGGGCUGCAAAGCCAGGGAUGGCUGUCCUCCACCAGGCAGGCACGAUACGCAUAGGCCACCUGCACAACCGAGAUUCGAGCACGGAAUUGCUGUUAAAAGUGACUGUGCGGGGUGCAACGGGGCUGACUCACAAAAAGCACUUGCGAAGCUGAGCUCUGGCGGGUUACAUGUGGCGGCAGCUGUGCCACAGGCGUCUGGUGUCUCUGCCCAGUGCAGCAUUGGAGGACCCCAGGCAGGUUGUCUCACUGCCUGUCAGCAGGGCAGGGGCAUAACUGCGCAGAGGAACUUCAUCAGCAUGAACAUGGGAUGGCAGGGGAAGGGGUUGGCCCUGCGCCAGGCUGGCAUGAAGCCUGGGGGCAGCAAGGGUGGGGAGGGCCUGGCAAGCCGACUGCAGAGCAUUGUGCAGGUGGAAAGAGAGAGAUGGGAGAGGACCGAGACACAGGGAAUGCACGGGGUGGGCCAUAUCGAUCUGAGGGUCAAUGCCACACAGUACGAGGCACAUUUGGCCAAGUGUGCCUGUGACGUAGUGGGCCCCUCACACGCCUCCCUGACAAGGGUGGUGGCAGUUGUGCCAUCCAAGUCACACUCCGUGGACUUUUCGCCAGGCUCCAUACUGAGGGUUUACCAGCCAUGGGUGCAAGUGCAGUCCUCGGAAACAGAGGCGCCCGUUCUGUUGUGCCAACACAUGACAAGCCAAACAGGUGUUGGUCCGCCUGACUGGCUGAGAGAUUGA